GCCCAGAGACUGGGUAUGACUUGCCAAGGCUGAGCCAGAACUGGAACUUGGCCCUCCAGACCCCUCUGGUUGCUAUUGAAGGUGGUGAAAGGGAUUCUUGGUCUUGAUCUUUGCCCCUCUCAUAGCUGACAUUGGGUCUUCAUUGCAUUUCUUGGCAGGUGACAACAGGGACAUGUCUCGGGAGCUGCAGGACGUGGACCUCGCUGAGGUGAAGCCUUUGGUGGAGAAAGGGGAGACCAUCACCGGCCUCCUGCAAGAGUUUGAUGUUCAGGAGCAGGACAUAGAGACGGUGCAUGGCUCCAUUCACGUCACGCUGUGCGGGACCCCCAAGGGAAACCGGCCUGUCAUCCUCACGUACCAUGACAUUGGCAUGAACCACAAAACCUGCUACAACCCCCUGUUCAACUCCGAGGACAUGCAGGAGAUCACGCAGCACUUUGCCGUCUGCCACGUGGACGCCCCUGGCCAGCAGGACGGCGCUGCCUCCUUCCCUGUGGGGUACAUGUACCCCUCCAUGGACCAGCUGGCUGAAAUGCUUCCUGGAGUCCUCCACCAGUUUGGGCUGAAAAGCAUUAUUGGCAUGGGAACGGGAGCAGGUGCUUACAUCCUCACUCGCUUUGCUCUGAACAACCCCGAGAUGGUGGAGGGACUUGUCCUUAUCAACGUGAACCCUUGUGCAGAAGGCUGGAUGGAUUGGGCUGCAUCCAAGAUCUCCGGAUGGACCCAAGCCCUUCCAGACAUGGUGGUGUCCCACCUCUUCGGGAAGGAGGAAAUGCAGAACAAUGUGGAGGUGGUCCACACCUACCGCCAGCACAUUGUGAAUGACCUGAACCCCAGCAACCUGCAUCUGUUCAUCAAUGCCUACAACAGCCGGCGGGACCUGGAGAUUGAGCGGCCGAUGCCCGGAACCCACACAGUCACCCUGCAGUGUCCUGCUUUGUUGGUGGUUGGGGACAACUCUCCCGCUGUGGAUGCUGUGGUGGAGUGCAACUCGAAAUUGGAUCCAACAAAGACUACUCUCCUCAAGAUGGCAGAUUGCGGUGGCCUCCCACAGAUCUCCCAGCCAGCCAAGCUUGCCGAGGCCUUCAAGUACUUCGUGCAGGGCAUGGGAUACAUGCCCUCGGCCAGCAUGACCCGCCUGAUGCGCUCUCGCACGGCCUCUGGCUCCAGCGUCACGUCCCUGGAGGGCACCCGCAGCCGCUCCCACACAAGCGAGGGCACCCGCAGCCGCUCCCACACCAGCGAGGGUGCUCGCCUGGACAUCACUCCCAACUCCGGGGCCACGGGCAACAACACCGGGCCCAAGUCCAUGGAGGUGUCCUGCUAGGCGGCCUGCACCACGGCUGCCCCUGGACUCUGGGCUUGCGCAGCUGCCCUUUCUCUGGCCCUUCCUGCCCCCGCCUGCCACACCACAUGUAACUCGUAUUAACCCAAAGCUUACGGGGUAAGAGAGCUCUGGGGGGGACACAGUGAGACUGGGUUCCUCAAGGGCGCCUUUCCCAGCAGGGGCAGGGUGGGCGGACCAAAGGAAAAGAAGGAUCUCAGUGUCUGUGCUCGUGGCCGGGCUGGCCUGAUGGCCACCCCCCACCCUCCCUCAGAGACGCCGAACUGCCAAAAACAAGACACGCCGCCCUAAACACUUCCUAAAUCCAGGCCUAGGCUGACCCGAACAUCCUGGUUCUAAAGGGCACUUUGUCGGAAGCCAGCCCCCUCUCCUUCCUGUUUCUUCUCCAACUAAAGACAAACUGACCCAGUUUCUGGAAACAGAACCCUGUUCUGAUUUGGGGAGGGGAGAGCAGCAGAUGGUAGGUAGCUCUUUUGAACUCCACCAAACAGGAAGUGGGAGAGAGGUGGAAUUUAUGUGGAGGCUAGAAUGCUUGGAAAAACAAAUCUACGCAGUUGACGUGAAGACAUAGCUUUUCAAAUUUAGUGUAUAUAUCCACUCUUUCAUGCCGAAACAUACAAGCCUGUUCUUCUGGCAUCCUUUCAAUGGACAGUGAAAGUGGGCAGCAAAAUCUCUGGGCUUUCCAAAGAAAUGGUCUUGGCAAACAUCGGUGUCAUUGGAUCGGAGCCCUGGGCUCUGCUGUCUGCCUCCUCCUCCGUAGCCCCGACUUCCCACCCUGAAUACGUGAGUGAUGAUUUCGUUCAUGGGGAAGAGGACUUAGGUUUGUACUUGCUUUCUUUGACAUGGAGGGAAACAUUCCAAACAGCCCUACGGGGCUGUGAUGAGUCUCCAUGCAGUGGGGCGGGGGUGGGGGUGGGAAGGGGUUGGGGUGGGGAUGGUAUUUGGUUUAUUAGAUGUAAGGGAUUUCUGUGGUUGUGAUGGGAUCCAGGGCAGUCGUGAUUUCAGUCGAUCCCACUCCGGUUCCCAGGAAUCUUGGGUGAUUGAGUUAACUCGCUUCCAAUCUCUAACUAGUGGGGUUGAACCUGAGUGUGACAGCCGAAUGUCUCUGACUUGGUAGCAUCACUGGGUCUUCGGGGAGAACCGUUUGCCCCUGCAGGGGGGUGGGGAUUCACACGGGGAGUGUUGGCUGAGAAGAUGAAAGGAUUCUGGAAUAUUCCAUGGGACUGCCUUCCCUCUCCUGUUCGCCCCUCUUCCCUGCCCCUCUAACCUUUUGCUGAAUGCAGCGGCACCACUGACAUUUCUGGGCAAUGUCAGCGUCGCUGUCAAGUUUCUGUACUACUGGCUUUUGAUUUUCAUUUUGGCUAACCAUGGGUGAUCUUAGAGGAGGUUUGAUCCGAGUGGGAUGAAUCCGUGCGAAUCAGCCACUGGGGCCUGGUGCUUUCCGGGACCCUACGAUUGGUAGGUAGAAGGAAGUAGUCUAGACUUCAAGGUAGCUGGAGGGGCAGUGACUCAAGUUUCUUGCCCCUACCAUCCAGAGGCUUCCCCACCCCCCGACUUGUGCACAAAGGUCAGGGGUCAGGGCAGGAGUGGCUGAAUCGAGAUGCAAAACUGUUCUGUACACGUCUUUCCAAAGGAGUUUCUUAAUGAGAUAUUUGUAUUUAUUUCCAGACCAAUAAAUUUGUAACUUUGCA